CACGACACGCGACGUGACGCGCGACGUCACCAGGAAGCGAGGCGGAGAGGAGUGUCGGUGAGCGUGCGGGUUGUUUACAUCCCUGCUUACAGCGCGUUAAAAUGAAUCCUCCGAUGAUCAACUCGACCAACUCCGUGUCAACAACCGCAAGAAAACAAGAAGCUGAGCGCUCAGUUAACUGGACAGUGGAGGAGACUCAGGUGCUUCUGUGCGCCUGGAGCGAUGAGCGCGUUCAGAAGAGUUUGGCAGAAAACCUUCGCAACCGCCAUGUCUUCAAACACCUCUCAGCCCGAAUGACUGAAAUGGGUUUCUCUCGGAGUCCACAGCAGUGUCGGCUUCGGGUCAAAACUCUGAAGGCUAACUACGUGAGAGCCAAACUACAGAGGAGUGUCGACAGUUCGCAGCCUUGCACUUUUAAAUACUUUGCCGACAUGGAUGCUGUGUUGGGUCGGAGGUCAUCGGGAGGGGAAGGGGGACCCUAUUUUGCUUCACCAGAUUGGAUGGCAGAGCAUCACCUUGGCUCCACUGACAGGACAGGAAGUAUCCCAUCAGAUUUAAAUUCAAACACAGAGAUUAGUGGGCACCAUUUUGGUUCUUCUGGGAAGACAGGGCGACAACGUUUGUGCUCUUUAGAGGAGAGAGGAGGUCGCCAGUCUUGGCAGCUGGACUCUAAAGUCAAGUUGGAGGUCAGAGAAGAUUCAACAGAUGAGUUUGAGAACAGCAACACAGGAUUCCCACAGCAUCCGAGAGUCAGACACCAUGAAGUUUAUCUUGUAUCACCCAUCCAUCGAGAAAUUAGUGGUACACUUGUGGAAAAUAGCUUGAGCACUCCUUCUCCACAUGCAGUAGCCCCACCGCCACCUCCACCUGCUCCAUCUCCUCCCCCUCUUACCCAACCUGCUGCCUCUCCACCCCCUACACCCCCAGAACCAAGGCCCAACACCCUCCACACUUCUGGCCACCACCAUCAACUCCCUGAGUCCACCUGCCUGGAACCCGUCCUCAAGCACCUGUCGGAGUGCUUCCAACGGCUGGUGUCAGAGACCCGGGGGCUGCUGGUGCAGCUGGAGGGUCAGCGGCAGGAGCAGGCCCGCUGGCAUCAGGACAUCCUGGCCCAGUGGUUACAGAGGGAGGAGCGCUGGCACAGGGAAACAACUGAGAGGGAGGAGAGGAGGGAGAAAGCUCGUAUGGAGCAUGAGAUCAGAGUCCUGGAGCUCCUCACCAGUCUAGCCAGAGAACAUGGAUGUAAAUGUGGAGGCACUCAGACUGUAGCGAAGGCACCGACUGGUCCAAACCAUACCAUGAACUAAGAUAGAUAUUAGGAUGCACUCACACUGAGGAUUUUCCUGGUAGUUAACCCAAAGUGUGUGAUGGUAUUCAAGCUCAGGUGGAACCAAAUAACGGCACUGAUAAUGCAAAGUUAUAUUCAGGGAAGAUUAUAGCCCUGAGUGAUACAGAUUAAAAUUUAAGUGAACCAAAUGCAGGAAAAGCCCAAGAGUUUGUGAAUAUAAGAAGAUGAUUGACAGCCAGGUCAGAUGUUCUCAGUUAAGAAAAACAGUUCUAUUGGAGAGGUGUCAGGUGUACCAAAUGUAUUCAAAUCGUUUUAUGCACUUUUUGUAUAAAUUAAAAUAAGAUAUUUUCAAACCA